CACAUUAGUCUCCCAUCGAACUACACUGAAUAUUACAGGAAAAAAAAGAAAAAGAAAAUUACAAAUAGCAUUUUUAACUCCAUCUUCUACCUCUCCGCAACAAAGGCAACCCAUCUCCUACCCGUCGGAAACACGCACCACCAUUACAACUCUCUGCUUUCUGUGAUCACUUGGCACUAUGAGUAUCAAUAUGUAUACGGGGUUCACGAGGCUUUGCAAGGGUCUAGCAGUUGUGCUUGUGGCCGGUCACAUUGUUGUUCAGAUUCUUCCUUCUGCUCUUUCUUAUCUUGCUCUCAUCCCUGCCAAGACUAUUCCAUUUGCAUGGAAUCUUAUAACAGCUGGUUACACUGAACAGACAGUGUAUGGGGCAAUCAUCAGCACUAUCGGUCUUCUUUACCUGGGGAAGCAGCUUGAGCCCAUCUGGGGUUCUAGGGAAUUCUUGAAGUUCAUCUUUAUUGUCAACUUUUUGACAUCUGUCUUUGUUUUCAUCACAGCCAUAUCAUUGUACUACGUAACAAGACUGGAAAUUUAUCUCUAUAUGCCCAUUUCCGGCUUCCAAGGAGUUCUUUCUGGUUUCUUAGUUGGCGUCAAGCAAAUCAUGCCCGACCAGGAAUUGUCUAUUUUGAAACUCAAAGCGAAGUGGUUGCCUUCCCUUGCAUUGUUGUUCUCAAUUGCUAUAAGCUUUUUUACAGCAGAUUCGGUAUCAUACCUUCCAACAGUAGUAUUUGGGACAUAUUUAGGUUGGAUUUACCUAAGAUACUGGCAGAAGAAACCAGAGACAAAACUAAAGGGUGACCCAAGUGAUGAAUUUUCCUUCUCUUCUUUCUUCCCUGAAUUUUUGAGACCAGUAAUUGAUCCAAUUGCAACAAUAUUUGAACGGAUGCUUUGUGGUAGAAGAUCUGAGACUUCUAAUGAGGAAAGGGGCUAUACUCUAGGUGGUUCCACAUUGCCUGGUUCUGAUCCCAUUGAAGCAUCGAGGAGGAGGGAAAGAGGUGCCAGAGCACUUGAAGAAAGAUUGGCAGCUGAGCGUUUGGCUGCUGGAAAGAAGGCUGAAGAAUCAGAAAGAGAUGUCAAUGAUAAUGUGUAAAAGCUGGUCAAUAUAUAUGUAAUGUGGUUUCUUUGCAGAAAGAAUCCUUGUCCGCUAGAAGCUAGAAGAUUGUGCACAUUUUUGGCAGUGCUCUUUUGGAUUCUUGACGGAAGUUAUGUGUUCUUUAUCAGUGUCAAGUGGGUGGGUUGGAUUGAAAUUAAGAAUAUUAAAAUGGGUUGAAAUAAAAAUUGGAUUGGGUCAUGACCCUCCCAAAUUUACUUUGGGCUCAAAUGGGUUGGGUUCAAUUGGGCUAAAAUUCGGGUUGGAUCAUGAUCCGUCCAAUUUGACCCACUUAAUCUCAAUAAUUUUAACAUAUUAUUAUUUACUUUUUCUAACCACAA